AUGGCCUGGGCCCCAGGCGGCCUGGCCUUCGCACGCGUGACCGGCGGAGACGCCGGGCGACGGCAGGCCAUCAACGUGGGAGGGUUCGUGGUCGAGGUCCACGAGGCCCACAUCUCCCUGGCGAUCCCCGCGCUCGCAGCCCGAGCCGUGGGGGGCGCCGCCUACGAGGCGGCGGUACGAGACAGUGCAGGCGACGAGGUGCAGGUGGGGUUCGUGGUCGUGCCCCAACGGCGCCUUCGGGACGCGGCGCCGGAGGGAUGGGGGGACGACUACAUGCAUUUCGGCGAGAGGAGGUUCGAGCUCGAGGCGCUCCAGGCAGGGCUGUUGGCGGCGGGCGGCGGCAUCCACACGUCCACCGAGGACGCCGAGGCGCCGAGGCCGCCGCCGACGGAGACGCUGGAGCAGGGCGCGCCCGGAGGCGGGGCGGCCGCGGCGGCGCUAGGGCAGCGGGCGCUGCUCCGCGCGGCCGGAGCGGGCGCAGGCCUCCCGGGCCUGGAGCAGCUCGUCGCCCGAGCUGCGAGGCGGCUGCAGUCGGCGGCGCCCGCCCCCGGGGGGGACAGCUCAUCGGAGUCGGAGGCCGAGGCCGACCCGCGCGACGGGCGCGCGGCGCCGUCGGCCGGGCACGGACCGCGAGCCGCGGGAGGCCGGAGCGAGCGGCGGCGCCUCCUCUCGAGCAGCGACGAGGAAACCCCGCCCCGCGCGCCCGCGGGGCAGCAGGCGGGCUCCAACGGCGGCGGCGCCACGGCCGCGGCGGCCAGCCUCGACCCGAACGGAUUGCAGAGCCUGCUGCAGCUUCGGAUGCUCGAGGUCUUGGAGCGGCUCGAGACGGGCAAGAAGCAGAGCUCGUCGGGCGACGAGGACGAGGCGAUCGGAGGAUUGGGCAGCGUGGGGAAGGCAGGCAAAGCCGUGCGCGGCAUGAGACGCCUGCGGCGGCGGGUCAAGCGCCACCCUCUGCGAGUGGUGCGCGCGUUCAGGGCCGAGGUCAAGCGGGCGCUCGGUGUGCAGCACGGCAUGGCCUGGACAUACCUGGACUACGGGAAGAGGCACAUCCCGUGGGGCAAGCUGUACGACCUGAAGAAGACGUACGCGAUGCUGGUCGCGGUCCUGGAGUACAUGGACAACGAGAAGUUCGACGAGGCGCAUGGGCAGCUGGUGCAGAUCAUGAAGGCCCUGGAGCAGGUGGCCAUCAACCAAGGCUCAUGGAAGGCGGCUUGGCCGCUGUCGGGCCUGGUCGACCCCUACAGCCGGCGAGGCUUCGCGGGGGACGAGUUCGAGACGGAGGUGGUGGCGGCCUACAUCACGGAGCUGGAGGCCUUGGAGUCCAAGGUGAAGCAGCGUGGCGGGCUGGUGGCCACCCCGGAGGAGUCGGACGCCCAGGGAGCCGACGCGGGAGCCGGGGCCCACGACAAGGGCCCGAAGAACAAGUUCAAGAAGAAGAUGUGUUCGAGUUUUGCCGUGCUGCUGGACGUGACGCUCACGCAGCACGAGGACUGGGGAGGACGGUCUCGCACCUACCGCAUCUCGAGGGAUAACGAGCUGAAGCUGGCGAGGGACCUCCUGGAGCGCGGGAUGGGGACCCUCGUCCCGGCCUGCGACGUGCCGCGCGACAAGGCUGGGUGCCCUCUGGCGUCGGGCUGGUUCGCGGUCGAGCACAGCGAGAAGUGGGACCGUUUGAUUCAAGAUAGGCGCCCUCAAAAUGCGACUGAGGAGCGCCUCGCCUGGCUGGAGCUGCCGUCGGGAGAGCAGCUGAAGUUGCUGAGGCUGAACUCGCCGUCGGAGCACGUCAGGGGAACCGUGUGCGACCUGAAGACUUACUUCUACCAGGUGAAGCGACCGCAGGGCACGGAGUCGCGGAACGUGGUCGGGCGGGCCUGGCAGGGCCGACAGCUGGGGAAGCUGGCCCCGGACCCGCACCAGCACUACUUCGUGGCGCUGACCGUCUGGGGCAUGGGCGACGCCAACUCGUGCGACGUCUGCCAGGAGACGAACGUGAGCAUUCUUCGGAAGAGUGGGUGCAUGACGCCUGCCGAGUCGUUGAAUGCCCAGCUCACUGUGCCUGUCGGCAGGACGUGGGAGGGCAACUACCUCGACGAUCACUUGACCGUGCAGGUGUUCAGGGACAGCGAGCGGGGCAAGGGCCUCCGCGACACGGAGAUCGGCGAGCGGGCCAAGCAGGCCUGGGAGCAGGCCGGGCUGCCUCGCUCAGUGGAGAAGGACGUUAUCGAGCAGCCCGACUUCACCGCCUGGGGCACGGAGGUGAGAGACGGGCCCGGCGAGGUCGGCAGCCCGCUGCACAAGCGGCGGAUCUUGGCCUCGCUGACUUUGGACAUUCUGGAGAGCAAAAAGAUUUCAAAAGGGAUGUUCAGAAUGCUGCUUGCAAACUACGUUCACCCAUUCAGCCAUCGUCGCGAGCUCUUUGGUUGCUUCCAUCGUUCGUUCACAUGGCUGGAAAGCCUGACUUCCGAGCGAGAUCUGGUCACAAUUCCCGCAGACAUUCGAGACGAGCUGUUCGCCGCCGCCGCCCUCCUUGCCCUCGGAGUUGCUCACAUCCGUUGGCCCGUGGACCCCGAGGUUUCGGCGAGCGACGCGACCGAGGACUCGUGCGGGUCCUGCACGGCGAAGGUCCCCAGUAAGGUCUCCAGGGCGCUCUUCAGGGUUGGGGCUCAUAGAGGCGAACACGUGAGGCUCGACUGGAACGAGAUCGACCAGGUCCUGGCUCCCACCAGGAUGUGCAGGCCCUUGAGUGACAUAAACGAGGCCUUCGCGAGCUUCGACUGGAAGGUGCAAAGGGGAGGUAGGUUCACGAAGCAUAGUCACAUAAAUCUUCAGGAGAUGCGGGCGCUGAAAGGCGAGAUCAGACGUAGAGGUUUCCAGAACAUCCAGAAGGUGCUGAAUGAGGUCCCUGGGGCUCCAGCGUUUGGGAGUGCAGCAGGUCUUGGGAGUUCGGGCCGUCCUGGGCGUAGGGCUUCGAAACAGUUCGACGACUCGAAGGGCGUCUCCCGGAAGGUCGUGAGCGUGAUUAGGGGCUCGGACCAGAUCGACGACUCGAACGGCAUCACUGAAAGAAGACAGGGGAAAGAAGCUUUGAGGGGUCGGGAGAGUGCAGGGACCACGAUCGUGCGCGGGGUCGACAGCCGUGUGUGUGCAGGAGCGUUCGGAAAGGGGCGCUCAUCAUCGUUCAAGCUAAAUGGCAUUCUGCGUACCAUCAUGCCCUACCUGCUGAGCUGCCGUUGCCACGUGGCUCUAGUCUGGAUCGGGACACACUUCAACCCGGCGGACGCCCCGUCCAGGUUUCGGCCGCUGCCAGAGCCUGGCCCGCCGCCGGCCUGGAUAGAGGCCAGCAGGCGCGCUGCGAGCGCGGCGGCAGCUCGCGCCGAAGCCAGGCGGGCAGCUAGCUCGCCCGAGGCGCCCGCGGCGGGCCAGGGCACAGUCGGGGCAGAGGCGCCCCCCGAGGGCGUCAGCGCGGAGGAGGCACCCCGCCCAGUCGGCGCUGCUGCUGGCCCGUCUGCUGCCGAGGUCUGCGCCCCGCCGCCGUGCAGCCCGCUGCCCUGGGCUGUGCCGGGCGGCCGUGGCAGGCGCUGGCAGAAGCGGGAGUACUUUGCUGGGAAGGGCGAGGUGACGAGGGCCUGGGCUGCCGCCGGGGGCUGGAUCGAGCCGCCGCUGGACGCCUACCCGCCCGAGGGCUACAGGCCGGAGCACGACCUGCUGCUGGCGGCGAACGUGAGGCGUGAACUGGCUCAGAUCCGCGCCCAUGCGGUGCGAGUCGGUGUGUGGGCGACGCCGUGCACGACGUUCGGGCUGCUGUGCCAGAACUGCGGCCCGGGGACGCGGACGGCUGACCGACCGCAAGGCGACGGCACCCGGCCCGCUGAGCGCCAGGGCAACAGCCUCGGCCUCACCACGGCAGCGGGCUGCACCGCGCUGGGCGAGGAGGGCGGGCUGCGGGUGGUCGAGAACCCCCGCCGCUCGUGGCUGUUCCGCCAGCCGGCCAUGCAGCGACUCGCGGCCCGUGCAGGCGUGCACCUCGUGGAGUGCGACAUGUGCCAGUUCGGCCUCGCGCCGCCCGACGAGCCGGAGGCGAGGCACAAGAAGAGUACCUACCUGCUCGGCAACUUCCCGGAGUUGCGGAGGCUUGGGAGGCGCUGUCAGGGCAAGUGCAAGCACGUGCACCUCGAGGGCGCGGUCAAGAUUGCAGGGCGCUGGCAGAAGCGGGCGGCACUGGCAUCGGCCUACACGCCCGAGUUUGCCCAGGCGCUCGCGGCCGCGCUGGCUGCCGCCGAGACGAGACUUCGUGGCUCGCCGAUGCAGGCCUCGCUGCACGGGGAAGCCCACGCUGGGAGGCUCGUGAAGGCAGCGGACGAGCUGACCGCCUACGGCCGCUCGCACGGCUGGGGCCGGCUGGAUCGCUGGCUGCCAGACGCCUCCCGAGGCAGAGUAGUCAAGCGCCUGAUAGAGGUGAUUCAGUACUUGUUCAAUGAGAAGAGACCGAUCGCAGAAGCUAGGUGUGCAGUAUUGGCGGUGCAGCAGCGCCGCCCUGACCUGAGAGGGCAGCUGGGCGGGGCUUGGGACUCAGUCAGGUCCUGGGCCUUCGGCGAGGACUCGCAGACGCGCACGCCAAUCCCGCGGGAGAUCCAGCGCGCGCUGCGGAGGUGGGCGUUGGCCAAGGCUUUGCUCCUGUCCCGCCCGCCGAGCCUGGCGCUGCUGGAGCACAGCGUCUUCGUGCGGGUGGCCAUGGACGGGCUACUGAGGCCGGGAGAGGGCGCGAACCUUAAGGGCAUGCACGUCCGCUUCAACCGCAGGAAGUCUUCAGACCAG